AGAGACGCUCCUCAUCACGGCUGUCUCUUCUCCGAGGGUCGGUCCAUCUGUGUCCCUAUUGUCUGAGGGUCGGUUCCCUCUGUCUCCAUUGUCAGCCCGGUCUACUCUGUCAAGACGAGCCCACAACUUCGACAUAGUCAAUUCGCUCAUCUUCUUAAAUGUCACCAAUGGAGCGACACUGCUUCCUUUUUGGCCACCAAACGUGUCUUUGAUAUUGAAUGGUCCGGAGGUCUCCUGUAUUACCCGAAGCGGCGGCGGAGCUGAGAGCGACUUGAGCCCGCUGAGGAGCAGCAGCAGUCUGGGGAAGAGGACAUGAAGGGACCGCUGACACUUCCACUCCGGUCGUCGCCUCGGAGGACGUUGUCGCCUGGCGUCCGUGACUUCCUGUGAGAGGACACUUUGUCGGGUUAUGUCCACCCUUUAGACAAAUUAGUCACCGCCUUGAAUUUAAAUCUAACAAUAAUAUUAUCGUCAUCACCUGGACUGAUAAAUAGAGAACAAUCAGAACUACUGAUUGACUAACUGCCAGUUUUUAAGAUACCUGACUUUAUCUCUUACUUUUAUUUUUUGCUUGCUACGCAUUUGCACCGUGUUCCUAUGAAUAUGAAAGAAUAAAAAAAAUGCAUCACGCCACGUGAUAAGUCAAGCUCCCGAGAAACCGUCCGUCUUUUCUUGCUGCCCCCCCCACACCCCGUGGAUGUCCGUUAGUCACCUAGAACCACGUCUUAGCCUGAGCUACAGGGGCCAGCCUCCACUCCCCCGGGCCCAGCGGUGAACGCCUCUUACCUGAGCAGCCAGACGCUCAGGACAGCCCUGCGGAAAGGAAGGAAUUGGAUUGGGAGACUGAGAUUUUGGAGAUUGGGGGACGUCUGGAGACAGGGCGGAGGACGACAUGGGGUGCUGCAGUGGCAGGUGCACCUUGGCCUUCAUCUGUGGCAUGCAGCUGGUCAGCGUCUUGGAGCGCCAGAUCAUCGACUUCCUGGGCUACCAGUGGGCUCCCAUCCUCACCAACUUCAUCCACAUCAUCGUGGUCAUCCUGGGCCUGUUUGGUACCAUCCAGUUCAGACCGCGCUACGUCACUGGGUACGCCGCCUGGCUGGUCGUGUGGAUGACCUGGAAUGUUUUCAUCAUCUGUUUUUACCUGGAGGUGGGAGAGCUGUCCAAGGACUCUGACCUUGUCCUGACGUUCAACCUGUCCAUGCAUCGGUCCUGGUGGAUGGAGAACGGCCCCGGGUGCAGGGUGACACUCGUCACCCCUCCUCCCUCCUGGGCACCCGAGGACCACCGCUACAUAUCGAUAUCGGGCUGCCUGAUGGACUUUCAAUUUGUGGAGGUGGCUCACUCCUCGCUGCAGAUACUGCUGGCUUUGGCGGGCUUCAUCUACGCCUGCUACGUGGUCAAGAUCAUCUCAGAGGAGGAGGACAGCUUUGACUUUAUAGGCGGCUUCGACUCGUACGGCUACCAGGGGCCUCAGAAGACCUCCCACCUCCAACUACAGCCCAUGUACAUGUCAAAAUAAAAGACCAGGAGCUACUUCCAUGUUUUUUCGUUUGUUUGUUUGACAAAGGAGACAAGAGGACACUGGCGUCCUUCCAGUGUUUUGCAGAUGAUGUAACACUGGCCUCUGGUGGUGGGAGUCAGCAACUACAAGGCUUUUAUUUGCCUGCAGGCGGGAGGGAGGCUUUUGAACCUUACAUGCUGCUGUGUUUCUGCAUUGGAGGCGAAAAACAUCACACUGACGAGCACCCUGGUCAACUUUCUAGUACUUUUUCUCGCUCUUUAGUGCCUGACAGACCCUAAGACUUCCUGGCAGUACACCAACAAACAAGGAAUGUUUGUUGGUUUCCUUCCUACUUCCGGGAUUGUUUGGAUUCUGGAUAUGCGCGACGGACGCUUUCAUUAUAAACACGGUUUAAAAAAAUCACAUGUAGAAAGACACAAAGCGAUGUACAAACGUGCUGAUAUAAAUUCAUGUUUACAGCCUUGACAGGAGUAAGACUUUUUUUUUUUAUCUGAGAACUUUUUUGUGUGUCUUCAUACCUCGGCUGUCUGAAUAUUUUGUCUUCCACCCCCGAGAGACAGCAAGAAGACGAGGGAGAGGUCAGGCAGGUUGUUUGUGAGCAGCACCCAUCCAUGACUAAGAAAUCUCCCAAAGUUAACGUCUUAACUUAACAGAAACGACAAUCACAGUCAGAGUGGCCUCAAUCUGCAAGUGGUCUCAUUAAAGGUAAAAACAGAAGGUACGUUUUCCAAUGUAUCUCAAGACACCCACAAAUGUGCUCAUUUUCUACUUUUCCCUCCAUAAUCCCGUUAUGAAUGACUGAAACAAGCACUGGUAGUUGUUCCAUGUGGAAAUCUCUAGAACUCUACGCUUGGGACUAAAAAUGGCCACCCAUAUGGAAACAAAGCACAAAAAACAUGUGUUUUUGUGAUGUAACUCCAUUUUAGACUAAAUGCUUGAGGCCUAAAACCAAGAAAUGGUUGAUCUACAUCACGGGUGUCCAAAGUGCGGCUCAGGGGCCAUCUGCAGCCCGUGGCUCUUUUUUUUUUUAGCCUGCGGCACAUUCUAAAUAUAAAAUUUAUAUUUAGAAAGAAAACCAAAAAAAUGGAAAAAUCAGCAUUACCUUUACGAGAAUAAAGUCAAAACUAUUCAGAGAAAGAAGUUGUAAUCCAAGGAGAACAAAAAUCGCAAUUUUACAAGAAUAAACUCACAAUAACAUGAGGGAAAAUAAUUUCAUUUUAGUAGAAUGAAGUUGGAAUAUUAAAAAAUAUAUUAUGAGAAACAAAAAAAACAAAAUAAAGUUGUAAUUUUUCAAAAAUUAGGUUGGGGAAAAGUUAUAACAUGGACUUAUGGAAAAAGUAAGAAUUAAUUAAAUUUUUUUUAAAAAUUAAGAAAUGUGGAAAAAAGCUGUAAUUUUGGAGAAUAAAGUCAAAAUAUUAAGACAACAAAGUUGUAUCCUAACAAGAAAGAAAAAUCUCAAUUUUACAAGAAGAAACUCAUAAUAAUAUGAGGAAAAAUAAUGUGAUUUUAGUAGCAUAGAGUUAAAGUAUUGAAGAAAAUAUAAGUUGUUUGUCAAAAGUCGUAAUAUGAGAAACAAACAAAACAUAAUAAAGUUGUCAUUUUUGGAAAAUUUGGGAAAAAUUGUAAUCUUAUGGAAUUAUGGGGGAAAAAAUAACAAUUGAUGAAAUGAAGAAAUUUUAAAAAGCAUGUAAUUUUUGACAAUAAAAAUAUUAAGAGUAAAAAGUCGCAAUUUUACAAGAAUAAAGUCAGAAUAAUAUGAGGAAAAAUAAUGUCAUUUUAGUCGCACUGAAAUAUUGAAGAAAAAACGAUAUUUUUCAAAAGUCGUAAUAUUACGAGAAACAGAAUUUUUUUAACAUUAGGUGGGGGGAAGUUAUAAUCUGAUGGAAUUAUGAAAAAAUUAAGAAUUGAUUAAAUUAAGAAAUGGAAAAAAAAAACUGUUGUCAUUUUACGAGAAUCAUCAACAGUCAAAAUAUUAAGAGAAAAAAGUCGUACUCCCACGAGAAAAAAAGGCACAAUUUUACAAGAAGAAAUUCAUAAUAUAAGGACAAAUAAUGGCAUUUUAGUUGAAAUAUUAAUGAAUACAUAAAUAUAAUUAUGAGAAACAGAACAAGCUGUCAUUCAUGGGAAAUUAGGUUGGGGAAAAAGUUAUAAUAAUAGGAGAAUAAAGUCAGAAUAUUAUGGGAAUGAAGUUGUAAUAUUACAACAGACAAUUUAGGAAGAAAGUUUAAAUAUUGGAAGAAAAAAAACAGCAAAAUUGGGGGAAAAAAGAUGAAAGACCGUAGUUUCUAGAAUUAAUAGGCGUUUUCACCUCCUCUAUAUCACAGGGGUCACCAACGUUCUUCCUUGUGAGAGCUACUUUUACAAAAUGAAGAUGGCGAAGAGCUACUCAUUUUUGGAACAUUUCUUUUCAGAGCUUAUUUUAAACCCAAACAAAGCGAACAUGCUUGUUUUACCAGAACAUGAACAAAAUGCUGGUGUCCACAACUCACAUGUUGUAUUUCACAAUGCAUUUCUUUCUACUGUUCUUUCAUUAUUAACUGAAAACCUGAAUGAGAAGCAGGCUUGCGGGCACCUCAUGUGGUCGUGGGGGCUACCUGCCCGCGGACACCACGUUGGUGACCCCUGCUAUAUCACACUAGAUGCACUUUUUUCUUGAAAUAUACAUAACUUCCUAGCAUAUGCUUUAAAAAAGAUCAGAGUUGCAUCCUUUCAUUUUUCACUAUGUGGCCCUUGCUGGAAAAACUUGGGACACCCCUGAUCUACAUGAAAAGAUACCUGACAAGUUGCUCUUUUAUACAAUUCUCCUCCAAAUCCCCUCAUAGCUAAAACAAUGCAAGAGUCUUUUGUCCAGUUUUUCAUGUCAUAAGUGCCAACGAUGCGUAGCUUUGUGGAAUUCGGGAAAAGAGCAGACUGCUUGGGACAAAAAAAAAAGGCCACCAAUAUGGAAACAAAGCAAAAAAAAAGUGUUUUUUUGUUGUUGUUUUUUUUGUACUAAACAACUUUUUCGGACUUGCUGGACCAAACAUUUGAGGCCUUGUUCCAAACACUUUUGCUGACGGACGUAUCCCAAGGACGUGGAAGGACAUUGUGUGUUGUUUGCAUGAGGUGUCUCUGAGAUGUUGCAUAUUUACUCUCAUGCGUACUUCUUAGCUACUCCGAGGGAACUUUGUUGAAUGCUUCUCCUCAAAGAAAUGUGAACUUUUGUUGUUGUUUUUUUUUUUUUUUUGGUUUCUUUCCAACAAUGUAACCUGUAACAAUGUUUUCUAAAUGGCGUGUUUCUUGUUUUCUACCGUAUGAUGUUGUGUAACAAGUGGCCCUGUGUUCUAUUUUCUUAGAUAUUUUUACACUCUGGCUAGGGAUGGGCAUUCUAAUCGCUUAUUUGCUAACAACUGUCGGGAUUUGAUACAUCGUGUUCUCAAGCAAAGAUGGCAAAAUGCACUGCAGUACUUGGCUGUGGCCAGCAGAGGCGCUGUUGAUUCAGUCUCAGCUACUUUGCUACGACGGAGUGUUAGGCUCACAUUGAAACAAAAAUAAAUCUGACAUCUCAAGAAUAAAGUCAUAAAUUUACUAGAAUAAAACUGUAAAUUUACAAGAAAAAAAGUCGUGCUUUGCUGCUCAAGGCUAAAGGUCACAUAAGUCCCCCCCUGUUCAUAGCUGUCUCAGGCAGUGCCUGUUAUGACGGAGUAUUAAAAUAAUCUGAGAUUUUGAGAAUACAUUUUUUAUGAGAAAAAAGGCGUAAAUUUAUGAGAAAAUGUCGUAACUUUACAAGAAUAAAGUUGUAAACUUAUGAGAAAAAAGUCAGACAUUUACAACUUUAUUCUUGUAAAUUGACAACUAGACAACUUUUUUUCACGUAAAUGUACGUCUUUUUUUUCUCACGGCUUUAUUCUAGAGAGAAAAACGAGAAAAACUCUUUUUUUCUCAUAAAUUCAUGACUUUAGUCUCGUAAAUUUACGACUUUAUCUUGUAAGUUUAUGACUUUUUUCUCUCUUCUCUUUUCUCUUCUUUAAUUUUGCGACUAUAUUCUCGUAAAGUUUUUUUCUCGGAAAUUCAGAACAUUUUUCUUGUCAAUUUACAACUAUUCUCGUAAAUGUACGACUUAUUUCUCGUAAAUCUUCAACGUUUUUCUCAUAUAUUUAUUACCUUUUCUCGUAAAUUUCCAACUAUUCUCGGAAAUUUCCGACUUAUUUCUCGUAAAUUUUUUACUUUUUUCUCAUACAUUUUCGCCUUUAUUCUCUUACAUUUACGACUUUAUUAUUGUAAAUUACAACUUUUUUCUCGUAAAUGUAUGACUUUAUUCUCAUAAAAUUACGACUAUUCUCGUAAAUAUACAACUUAUUUCCUGUAAAUUUUUGACUUUUUUCUCGUAAAUGUAUGACUUUAUUCUCAAAAUUUCAGAUUUUUUUUUUUAAUGUGGCGCUAAUAUUCUGUCGUAAGUUUGCUGUCCAAAGACACAAACAUAGAUAGCGUAAAUGCUGUAGUCAUAAGCAAGCUGAACUGUUAAUUGGAAGCAUGUGAUAAUUGGAGAAAGGGAUGUGAAAUCAGAAGGUUGCCUACAGCCACAGCUGUUAAUGCAGUAAGUAGGGUAUUUGCUUUUGCAGACCACGCACCCGGCGACUAUAGGAGACUGGAAGCAUGAAUUGGAGCAUUUACAGCAGCUACAUUAUUGUGCUCGAUACAACAGUGUCACAGAAACGGGGGUUCAGAUCAUUCAGUCUUCUCACAUCCCUUCGGAAAUAAUACGAUAUUAAAGUGAUUGGUAAUUUUUUUUUUUACCACAGUCUGAAGUCACGGAAAUGUCAUCAAAUGCCCAUCUCUAACAAGGACCAUCACUGUAGAAUUCAACAAAGCGAUUGUAGUCUAAAAGCUGCAUAACACAAAUUGAAACCAAAAGAACGUUUUGAAUGGGUAGCGAAAUGGACGAGUAGCGAUAGGCCUGAUAAAUAAAAGAAUCUUUCCAUGUCGUACUGAGGAGGAGCGCCGUUAUUGAC